UUUCAGGAAUUGCAUUUCUGACUGGGUCUUAUAUGUGUUAGUUAUGUUUUCGUUAAGCGACUUCUCAUACUAACCAAAGAUAUCGACAGUCAAGGCGGGUUCUGUCGUCAUCUGUGUGUGGUUGUCCAGGAAAUUCAACUAUACUGAUCAAUGGCGGGAGUCAGAGCGGUUGUACUUUUGGCAUUAUCCGGUGUGGUUGGUCUUACGCUGCUCGUUCUAGGAUGCGCAUUGCCAAUGUUCGGUGUUUGGUGGCCAUUAUUCGUCGUAAUCUUUUACGUAUUGGCUCCGAUACCAUUAUCUAUAGCUCGGCGAUCUCAUGUUGAUAUGACUGGUACUUCAGCAUGUAUUGAGUUUGCAUUGUUCAUAACGACUGGUAUUGUCGUAUCAGCGUUUGCAUUACCAAUGGUCCUUGCACACGCUGGAGUAAUCAAAUGGUUGGCAUGUUUAUGCGCAAAUCUUGGUUCUGUGGUGAUGUUUUUGACGAUCCUUUGUUAUUUUUAUUUACAUCGAGAAGAUGAUGGGAGUGGAUGGAAUCAAACGCUUUUCUGAUUGUUACUUUGGGAACUCGAUUAUAUUAACUGAGGAGCGAUUCCCGGUCUGUCGUAUUUUUUCGUGUCUCUCGCCAAUAUUGUUUGCUUUGGUGCAGUUUGGAUAUAUUUCAAGUUAUUCAACGAAGAUAGCUUACAUGAUAUGUCACUUUGGUGAAAUUUUCCCGCUUCCUCUUCCUCGCUUUCACCAUCACCUUUCUGUUGUUUGCACUACUUUGAUAUAUUUCUUUCAGCAUCUUUUAUCAAAUUAAUUUUCAGAAACCUCAAAUUUCGUAUUCUAGGGUAUUGUUUAAAAUUCCAG